CUUUGUGUCUCAACACUCUCAAGCAUGUCUAAACAAAAUACAAGAAAACAUGCUUCGCAGAGGAACGGCGGCCUCGAGAGGGAGAAACCGGCAGGCCAAAGCUUCUUAUCCAAACAUCUCAAGAAGGUUUACCCACUUGGGUUUCACAAGAGUGCUUCAUCUCUAUCACUCUCAUCAUUAUCUCUGUCACAAAAUUCCAAUGAUUCUUCUUUCAGCGAUUCUAUCUCUCGGGCUCGGUUGGAUAGGAAGGUUUCAUCGGUUCCUGUUCCGAUAGUCACACCAAUUUCUCUUCGCGGACUUGGACCUCCUGAUAGAAAGGAAGUAUCAUCAGUUACUAAUGUCGAACAGGAGAUCCAUGAUUUCAGUGGUGGGGGCUUGAGGAGAUGUAACUGGAUUACAAAGAAUAGUGAUAAAGCCUAUGUUGUGUUCCAUGAUGAGCAAUGGGGAGUUCCGAUUUACAAUGACAAUCAACUGUUUGAGAUGCUUGCAUUGUCCGGGUUGUUGAUGGAUCACAAUUGGUCUGAAAUCGUGAAAAGAAAGGAACUAUAUAGAGAAGCUUUUGGUCAAUUCAAUCCUAGUUUUGUUGCCAAGCUGGGGGAGAAAGAGAUCAGAGAGAUAAGCUCCAACGAAGAGCUCGCAUUAGCAGAGAGCAGGGUGAGGUGCAUAAUAGACAAUUCCAAAUGCAUAAUACAGAUUGUGAAGGAAUUUGGAUCAUUCAGCAGCUAUAUCUGGGCAUACAUGGAUUACAAACCAAUGAUCAGCUAUUACAGAUACCCAAGAAAUGUUCCCCUAAGAACACCAAAAGCAGAGGCCAUUAGCAAGGAUCUACUGAGAAGAGGGUUCCGUUUUGUGGGGCCUGUGAUUGUGUAUUCUUUUAUGCAAGCCUCAGGGAUGACCAUCGAUCAUCUGGUGGAUUGCUUUAGGUUUAGUGAAUGUGUGAGCCUUGCAGAGAGACCUUUUAGGCAUGGCUAGCUUCAUUUUGUUGUUCAAAGUUCACACACACACAAUAAAAAACAAAAAAAAGCAAAAAUAUUUAUAAGUGUAGGGGGAUUGAGUUUGUUUAUGUUAAAAGUUAUGGGUGAAAUAGAUUAACACAGCCUAUUUGGUGCAGUCCAAUAACUUUGUCGUAGAGAGUGGGAUCCAAGGAUUGCCAACCAUUGUAUUUAAUUUGUUUCUUUAUGCUUA